UGAGUCCGUGAACUCGAGGAGAGGAAGCCGCCCAAGAAGCAUCUGGACAAGGACGGCUUGACAAAAAUCAUGCGGUACGAAUCCACAUCCAGCCAGACCUUUUGAGAACAUUCUCUCCAAUCAUAACACGGUUCUGCAUCGGCUGCCAACAUUUCUCUCGGGACUCUGGCUAAGUCAAACCAUUUCAAUAUUCAAGUCAGUGUCGCCAUUGUUCUGUUUACUCGAGUGCAAAGGGUGAAAGCUCCAGCUCUACCUUCUCCUUCAGUCUGAGCUUGUGAAAAUUGAGUUCGAGAACUUGGGUUAGUAGACAGUGUUUAGUGUCAAUUUCAAGCGCUUUGUGAUGUACGUGGAACAGCCAUAGAGGUCUGAGGAACAGCCCCAAUGUGUCCCGGAUAACAGUAACCAUGGCUUGGAAAUACCAUGCUGGAACCAUCUUCAUCAUUGUACUCUCGGUCAUAUUGACCCAAUCUCAAGAAGCUCCCGAUCCCAACGAUUGGCCAUGCAAAGGGUGUCAGAGUGCGAAACGAUGCUAUUGUAAAGAUGUGAAAGGCAUACCUGGCUUACCAGGUAUACCUGGACUUCGAGGUCCAGAUGGGGAUGCCGGGAACAUGGGGUUCGAAGGUCCUUUGGGACCCAAAGGCGAAAAAGGAGAGGUGGGCCGUUAUGGUCUUACAGGAUCCAAGGGAAACCGUGGUGACGAGGGUUACAAAGGAACCACCGGAGCCAAAGGAAUUCGAGGUGAUGCCGGUCUCAAUGGGCUAAUUGGGAUACCUGGCGUUGACGGAUGCAAUGGGACAGAUGGUUGCAAAGGAGGUAUGGGAACCAUGGGUACUAUGGGUUUUAGAGGUCCUGAUGGCGUGUCUGGCUUCCCUGGCCUACCUGGUGAUCCAGGAGAUGGUGGGAUUAACUCCCCUGGGAUCAAAGGAGAGCGAGGAGAUGAUGGCAAGCCGGGGCCAACAGGGUUUCCUGGUCGACCGGCAUCAUCGCCAGGGGAACCAGGCCCAUCUGGGGAACGUGGUUUUGAAGGCAGACCAGGUUUGAAUGGGCCAAGGGGUCCACCAGGCGAUAGUGGUGAUGGCAUAAGCCCCGAAGAUGAAUUCAAAUAUAAGGGCGAAGAAGGCGAUAUUGGGCCAAUUGGUGACCCUGGGCCUCCAGGCGAUACCCCGUACGUCACAGAUGAAUCAGUGAUUUCCCUAGGUCCAAAAGGAUAUCUCGGAGAAAAAGGAAUCCCUGGCUCAGAAGGCAACUUUGGAUUAAAAGGAUGGAAAGGAGAUCGUGGUGUUGGUGGAUAUCCCGGAGUAUCUGGAAGAAAAGGCGAUCAAGGAGAAGAAGGAAGCCGCGGUAAACUUGGGAAGCCUGGUAAACCAGGUCCAGUUGGACAAAAGGGUUUUAAAGGCUCGCCAGGACAAUUUGGAAGUGCUGGGGUGGAAGGCAGGAAAGGACAACUUGGCGAGAGUGGCUUUUCCGGGCGUCCAGGAAAACAAGGAGUCCCUGGACCUAAGGGAAUUUUUGACCCAGAUUUGGCAGAAGAAGGUCGACGUGGCCCCAUGGGUUCACAAGGGCCCGAUGGAUUCCCUGGAGAAAUUGGUUUGCCGGGUCGAGAUGGUUUACCUGGUCCAAGAGGCUCAAAAGGUUCUGUGGGUCCACCUGGCCCUCAGGGGAUUACGGGAAGAAACGGAAUUCCGGGACUAACUCUCAAAGGAGAAUCGGGUGUUGAUGGAACCCCCGGUUACCCAGGCCCACCUGGAACGACUGGUGUUAUUGGAUAUCAAGGUAUUCCAGGAGACAAGGGCAUUGAAGGAGAGACAGUUUAUGGACAACCUGGCAUCAAUGGUCGUGAUGGGGAGCCUGGAAUCCCUGGAGAAGACGGCGAACGCGGAGAUUUUGGAGAUAUUGGCGUCAAGGGCUACCCAGGACAAGGUCGUGGUAUCGUGGGACCAACUGGAGAACCAGGAAGAAGAGGAUAUCCAGGUUCUCAUGGAAUACCUGGAAUGGAUGGUUUGGACGGACCAAAGGGGAAAAUUGGCUCCCAAGGAGAAACAUGUGGAUUCUGUCCUAAUGGUGGCCCUGGACUCAUUGGCGAUCCCGGCAUUGAUGGAAGAGAUGGGUAUCCAGGAUUACAAGGCUACCCUGGCUUUCCUGGACCAAGAGGUCCCAAAGGAAAUGAUGGGCGUAUUGGUCUUGAAGGCUUCCCUGGGCUUCCUGGAAGAGCGGGUCCCCCAGGUCUUCAAGGUCGUCGGGGCGAGCAAGGACAAAAUGGCAUCGUUUAUGGAUUAAACAAAAUCACCUUGGGAGAAAAGGGGGCCAAGGGAUUGCCAGGAUUUCCAGGUUUCCAAGGUCUAAAAGGAGAAAGGGGUUAUCCUGGAAUAACGGGUACUCCUGGCUUGGCUGGCCUCAAAGGCAUGAUUGGCUCUCCUGGUCCUUAUGGUUCUCCUGGAACACCUGGAAUGUCAGGCCGCCCUGGACCUCAAGGGAAUGAAGGAGCUCCGAUGUACAUGUCGGAAGAUAUAAUGAGGCAAUACAGAGGUGAUCCCGGUUUUGUGGGUCAGAGAGGGCAAAAGGGUCAAAAAGGUUAUAUUGGUAAUCAAGGCCCCAAGGGAGUUCCCUAUCCAGAGGGAUAUGAACAGAUUAUUGGAGAGCCAGGAGUUCCAGGUCGUGAUGGAGCUCCUGGGGAUCGAUUCCACCCGGGGGAUAGAGGACCAUUUGGUCCCAUGGGAAGAGCUGGCCCACCUGGUGAUGAUGGGCAAGUAGGAACAUCAAACCCUGGGUUGCCUGGGUUAAAUGGCAUUCCUGGGGAACAAGGAUUAGUGGGCCCUAGAGGACCAUCUGGACCAUUGGGAAAUCCAGGCUUCACACCAAGACCCGGUAUGCCUGGUGAAAAGGGCUCCCGCGGAGACCCAGGAUUGAACAUAAUUCAGGGUAGAACUGGCUUGAAAGGUCUUGACGGAAUGAAAGGAGAUCCUGGAAGCUCUGGCCUGCCUGGAUAUUCUGGCAGACUUGGAGUAGAUGGACUUCCAGGUUUUAAAGGAGCCAAGGGCGCCCCUGGAGUUACUGGACAGCCUGGACCAAGGGGAAGCAUGGGCGAAGACGGUGAUACCCAAUCAGGGUAUAGGGGAAACAGGGGGCCACCCGGAUUACCUGGCUUCCCUGGCAUAUUUGGAAUGCCUGGAAUACCUGGCCAAGUGGGUUCUCUUGGUUUACCAGGUCUUUCCGGCCUCAGAGGUGAUGUGGGAACACCUGGAAGACGGGGAGAAGUGGGAGACUCUGGAAGAGAGGGAACUCCUGGAAAAAAUGGAGAAGAAGGAGGUCCUGGGAUCAAAGGGUUGGAGGGUGAUCGAGGGGAAUUUGGUCCUCGAGGUCCACCCGGAGUUCCAGGCAAAGAUGGUCCUAUGGGAUUCGAUGGUGUCAAGGGAGAUGAAGGCAACUCAGGUGGAAUGGGGUCGGAAGGAAAUGAUGGCCAACCUGGUCUCCCGGGGCCGAAUGGCAAUGAUGGCUCACCCGGACAAAGAGGCAGUCCUGGGGGAGACGGAGCAAAAGGAAAUAUUGGAGAGGCCGGUGAUUUUGGUUUGCCGGGAUUUCCUGGUCAGCGGGGUCGGCCAGGCAUGUUUGGAGCUAAAGGAGAACGAGGAAAAGAUGGUCAAGUUCUUUUUGGUAACGAUGGCUCCUUAGGAGACAAAGGACAAACAGGAUUGGUUGGCCCUAGGGGGAUACCUGGAAUUAAAGGAGAUUUUGGUAAUGUUGGUCGAGUUGGACUCAAGGGUAUCAAUGGUGAAAAUGGAUUGCCGGGUAUAAGUGGUUUACCUGGAAUUCCGGGUGUGCCUGGAUUGAAAGGAUCAGCAGGCGACAACGGCAGAAUGGGAAGUGCUGGGUUAACUGGUCUUACCGGUGAUUCCGGGCUUCCUGGCCAAUUUGGUCUACCAGGUCUUCCGGGAAAGAUUGGUCCCAAUGGACCCAGAGGAGAUUCUGGUAUUGACGGCCAAGCAGGCUUACGUGGAGAUCAAGGACCCCCAGGCUUUACAAGUGGUUCCGACAAAGGUGACAAAGGAGAAGCUGGCUUUCCAGGCCCCGAUGGAUUUCCUGGAAUUAGGGGAGAUGAGGGCUUCCCUGGACCUCAAGGCAAGAAAGGAUUCCCAGGAGAGGAAGGCAAUCGUGGAAAUGAGGGCUUUCCUGGAAGGCCAGGUCUUGAUGGACUCGUUGGAGAUGAUGGGCUGAAGGGCUACCCUGGUCGCCCUGGAUCAUUUGCUCAACGUGGCGAGCCUGGCGUCAAUGGUCUAGAUGGAUUCCCAGGGAGCCCAGGCUUGCCUGGUUCUAAGGGAGCUCCAGGUCAAUUUGGCGCUGCUGGCUCUUUUGGAAAAAAAGGGAGACAAGGUGACUCACUGCCUGGUCAGCCAGGUGAAUCGGGGAUGGUCGGCCGACCCGGAUUCCCUGGCAUGAAUGGCUUGAAGGGUCAAAAUGGGGAAAAUGGACGCAUGGGCUUUGAAGGAAAUCGAGGUUCUCAAGGAGAACCAGGUUAUCAAGGUUUCAGCUUGCCUGGUCUACGAGGAGAGCCCGGGGCUCCAGGUUUUAAUGGUGCUCCAGGUCCACAAGGGCUGAAAGGUCAGUCUGGACUUGCUGGCGUACCUGGUUUCCCUGGUCAACCGGGAGGGGACGGCUACCGAGGCAAUGAAGGACAGCCUGGUCUCUACGGCUUAAAAGGUGCCCAGGGAUACCCAGGAGAUAUGGGUAUGGCAGGAUUUGAAGGUCCCUCGGGCAUAGACGGCAUGAGUGGAGUAAGAGGACUUCCUGGUGAGAGGGGCAAACCUGGUCCAAUUGGUAUCCCUGGUCGAGAAGGAUUCAAGGGAGAAAUGGGAGCCUCGGGAAUAGAUGGCCGACCAGGCUUGCAAGGAUUACCUGGUGCCAAAGGUGACCUAGGCUUCUCUGGGGCCAUGGGUCAAUUGGGCCCACAAGGCCCUCCCGGACGUCAAGGAGAGAUUGGGCGUGAUGCACCCCAAGGACCAGCUCCCAAACCAAGGGGUUUCUAUUUUGUUACCCAUGCUCAGGACACCACAGCACCCAUUUGUCCUAGGGGAACUAUACCUAUGUGGGAAGGUUACUCAUUGCUACACAUCUUUGGAAAUGCUCAUGCGCAAGGCCAGGACUUAGGUCAACCUGGAUCUUGCAUGAGGAAGUUCUCUACUAUGCCUUAUCUGUUUUGCAAUUUGAACAGCGAAUGUACAUAUGCGAGUAGAAAUGACUACAGUUACUGGCUUAGUUCUCCUGAGCCAAUGCCUAUGAUGAUGACACCCAUUCGCGGCCAGAAUAUUGAAAGAUUCAUUUCAAAAUGUACUGUAUGCGAAGCUCCAACUCGGGUAAUUGCAAUUCAUAGUCAGUCGCUAAACGUUCCACAAUGUCCCCAGAAUUGGCAAGAGGUCUGGAUAGGCUAUAGUUUCCUCAUGCACACGGAUGCAGGAGCUGAGGGAGCUGGUCAGAGUCUGAUCUCUCCUGGGUCUUGCUUAAAGGAUUUCCGAUCAAGACCUUUUAUUGAAUGUCAUGGACAAGGUCGAUGUAAUUAUUACACCACCAGUUACUCUUACUGGUUGGCCACCAUUGAUCAAGACCAACAGUUUAAGAAGCCAGUUAGUGCCACCUUGAAGGCUGGUGACAUUCGCUCAAGAAUUAGUCGUUGUGCUGUUUGCAUGCGGAAACCUCCAGACCGAAUGGUUCCCUUGGAUCAGGGACGAAAUUAGCAUGAAGCACACCAACACUCUCACGUAUCAUAUGGUAAUAUCUCCAGUUGAAAUUUCACUUUUGUCAUAGCUUAGCUAAUUUUAAUGUGCUUUGCCUUACUGUCAAACAAAACGUAUGAAUGUCUGAUUUUUGUUCACUGCCAAUGUAUGCUUGAAAUGAAUUCCUAUCCAAACCAUGAA